ACUGUAAACCGAUUUACGCUAAACUCGGGGUUUUAUCUACGCUAAGUACUAGGGCUUAACUCCUCGCCCGCCGACAGCAUUGUGUUUGACUAAGUGAACAAAUAGAUAGAGUGAUAUAUAUUGACUUUCAUUGUGCAAUAUCUCAUCUACCGUUUGGAGCACCGGCCACUUUUUUUCCUUUCUUCCGCUGAAUUAAAGGGACCAAAGUAGAUGUGGCCAAACAGCCUUGCAGCUGGAUGCAACCCAGACAGCGAAUUAUCGUUUGCCGGCUUUGGAAGCACCUGCGGCGGAAGCACCUCAAGCAUGGCCUACUUAAAGUCGGCACCGUAUCCGGUUCCCGGACUCGGACUGCACGGCCUGCCCGGAGUCGAUUCCCUGCACACAACCAUGGCCGCAUACCCUGGAAGUAACCAAAGGAAGCAGAGGCGAGAAAGAACCACGUUUACCAGGGCACAAUUAGACGUUUUGGAAGCUCUCUUUGCGAAAACUCGAUAUCCGGACAUAUUCAUGAGGGAGGAGGUCGCCUUGAAGAUCAACUUGCCCGAGUCCAGAGUGCAGGUAUGGUUCAAAAAUCGUAGGGCGAAAUGUAGACAACAACAAAAGCAACACAACCAACAACAGAACGUGGAUAAAACAACGAGGAUCAAAUCGAAAACGCCUGCAGUCAUCACGAAGUCAUCACCAACUCCGGUUUCAAGCAAUAACAAUACCAGUACAAGUUCCUCCGCCAGUUCACCAACGGUACAUACGACGCCCCACCUUAGAGACAGCCCGAACUACGUGAAGCCUCAGCUACUCACCACCACGAGCAGCACCAGUCCCACAACGAUCGUGUCAACAACAUACAGCAACACGGCGAAUUCCAGCAUCUGGUCGCCGGCAUCCAUCGACAGCUUCUCUUUGGACCAGCACAGGACGUGGUGUGCGUCGACCCAAUCGUCGGUGUUAAACACCACCAACUCGACCACAAACUGCUACAACAAUUACCCGUACUACUCCAACAUGGACUACUUGAGUUCGUCAACCGUUGGUCACGGUCAGUUUGGGGAGAAUGGAAUUGAGUCGACUUGGAGUAAGUCCAGAGAUGAGUCUUGGUUUUAUAACUCGGGAUGGGAUAGGAAAUGAAACAGAAUUAAACUAGAUAAGGUUGAAACUGAAGACAAAACUCUUGCCUAAUGUAAUUUCAAAACUGCAUAUUUGUAUAUAUUGCUUAAUUACUAAACAAUGUUAUAAACGAACUUAUUUGUUCCUUAGUUAAAACUAUUAUAGUUAUUGUUGAUUAGGUUUUGUAAAACAACGAUGUUUUUAACAGUUUAUUUUGCAAAAAUGUGGAAUCAUUACGUGUAAAUAGAUAAAGUAGAGGUAUCAGCAUUUCAAUGACAAAAUUAUGUAUUAAUUUUUGGAAAAAUCUGUACCUGAAUUUCUCUCCUUAAAUUAUUAUAGAAAUCAUUCGUAAAAGUAGUUUGUAGCAAUAAAAUUAAAGUUUUAAAAUAUCAAAUAAUUUUGUCAGUGCGAUGUGUUUAGGUAAAUGUUCUGGUUUUGUAAGAAAUUAAAAUUGUUUCAUACAAAACUAACCCUGUUAGAUGUAUUUUUGAAAUAAAAAUCAUAUCAAGGAUGGUAAAUUAUGUAAAUAAUUGUCCAAAUGUGUAAAUUUAAAGUAGAAUAGUGUACAGUUUUGACCAAUACAAUAAAAAAUAUCGAAUUUAAAUUAUUGAAAAAGACAGAAAAUGCUAGUCAAAAUCUUUGUGCCAACGGGUUUUAUGAUAAUGUCAUCGAAGAUCUUUCAUAAUUUUAUAAGGACUCUGUACAUAUCUCUUAGGUUCAUUGAAAAUGAAUAGUCCAAGUUAUAUUAAAUUAUUUACGUCCUGGUCAUUUAAAAAAGUACUAAAAUUAUUUUAAAUGUUAAAUUUUUGAGCCAUGAAUACUUUUAUUUUUAUUAACUGAAACAUUGGACUAUUUAUUUUUGAAACAACGUUGCGUGAUCGUUAGAAUAUUAUGUUAAGGCCUAAAUAAAACAAAUAGAUUUAAUGUUUUAUGUAAACAAUUUAUUUGCUUUUGUAUACAUUCCAAAAAACAAAAAUAUAUAAAUUUACUGUACAAAUUAUAAUUCCUUUUAAAACUUGACAUUAUAUAACAAACAUUCUACAA